AUGGAAGAAGUAGAAGAAGGCUGGGAUUCAUUGGCAGUUGCUAGUGGCGUUGUGGCCGUCGCUUUUGUCUUGUUUAUGGUCAGGAGAUGGAUCAAAGGAGGUCAAUUCACUGAAAAGGUCAAUGCCAAAGGGAAAGUGGCUUUGGUGACUGGCUCCAACUCUGGUAUAGGUCGUCAGAUAGUGAAAGAGCUCAACCUGAAGGGAGCCAAGGUGUACAUGUUGGUUAGAGACAUUGGCAGAGGAAACGAAGCCGUGAGAUGGAUGGCCAAGUAUGGAUGUGAUAUCACAAGAUUGUUUGUCAGGAUUUGCGACCUCAACGACUUUGAAAGUGUCAAGAAGUUUGUCAAUGACUUUGAUAAAGGUAAGAUUUUGUUUUUAUGAUUGAAUUUUAGGUAUGAAGGAAUAUGACAUGAAUAUAUAGGACAAAAUAGCUUAUCUUUAUAUUAUUAUUUGUGUUUAAAGUAAUAUGACUUGAUGUAAACCGUUCUUAUGCAGAUGUUUUGAAGUAAAAUGUCGUAGAAAAGCUGAAGAUAGGUUUAUAUAAGAUAUUUUCAUGUAAAUUGCUUAAUUUCAGAGGAAGACCAUGUAGAUAUCUUGAUCAACAAUGCUGGAUGCAUGUUCAAUCCCAGAUAUUCGGCUACAAAAGAUGGUUAUGAAACUGUUUGCCAGACCAACUACUUAGGUAAAGAUUUGCUUAUAAAAGACACUGUAACUAUAUGAGGUAAUACUUUCACUUCAAUACACAGAUUAGUGACGUACCAAUAAAUCUUAUUCUUUUACCAAUUUACAGGCCAUUUCUUGUUGACCGAUCUUUUGUUACCUAAACUGGAAGCUGCCCCAGCUGCCAGAGUUGUGAAUGUCAGCAGUAAAUUGCACUUGAGAGCCGAUACAGUAGAUUUGGAUGUGAUGAACAAGAAGUCAGAGUACGGUGUUAUGAAGAGUUACGCUCGAUCCAAGUUGGCUAGUGUAAGUUAUUGUAAAAUACGACGUUUAGUGCUUCCAUAUGAUAAUUCUAUAUUUUUCAUAUCACUUCAGAAAUACUGUUUGUAUGUCAUGUUACUAUCUGUAUGUCAUUUUAGGUCCUGCACGCAGUUGAAUUCACAAAGAGACUUCGUCGCAGAAGCAGUGGCACCAAGGUCCUGAUCAACUCUUGUCACCCAGGAGCUGUCAAUACCGACUUGGUCAGAAUCCCAUUUUACAGAAAUGUUCUGAAGAAGGUCUUCGGUGUGUUCAUCUGGUUCUUCAUGAAAACUGACCAAGAUGGCGCCCAGACUCCAUUAUAUUGUGCUUUGAGUAAGAAAUUGGAAGGAGUCAGUGGAAAGUACUUUGCGUAAGUUAACGUAGUUUUUUGUUCGUGUUUAGGUAACCUUAGAGUUUUUUUAUUUGAAUUAGUUGAAAGAGUAUAACGAAGUAUUGUAUAUGUAGAGUGUAAUGGCCUUUUAAACGUUACAAUACUCCUUAAAGGCGUUUCCAACAAUUUUAUAAAUGUAUGUUUAAUAUCAAGUAUAACAACAAACAAUUCAACAACAAUUUUUAUGAUUUUAGUGAUUGUGGAGAAGGUGAAGUCCAUCCUUUCUUCUACGAUGCUGACAAAGCCGAAGUGCUCUACAAUCAGAGUUUAGAGUACUGUAAGAUUGAGCCACAAUAA